GAGAGGCUGACGGUCCCCGUGCUGGGGGAGUGGACGGGGACGCGUUCAGGCUGUGUCCCGGCCUGCCACUCGCUUCGCAGUUCGCCAAUUUGCCGGAUCUUUUACUGUAUCUGGGUAGCUAUGAGUCGAAAUCGACUCGGUAGUAACAGGUUUAGUUUUGGUUUACUGUAAUUGCGCUGGCUAAAGUGCGUAAGAGCUUGGUCCUUCACCUCUUUGAACGUCGGUUUCCUCCUUUAUAAAAGGCGCUGGAUGUGAGGGAUCAAGAUAAAGAAUGUCAUGGGCUUUGUGAACUGGAACCCGCUGGACCUAAGGCCACAAUGGCAGCCACAAUCAGAAGGCAGAGGCCAAGGAGGACAGCUUGUUGGGUCUUGAUGACUGUGCUCUUGGCAGACCUGUUGGCACUGAGUGAUACGCUGGCAGUAAUGUCUGUGGACCUGGGCAGUGAGUCCAUGAAGGUGGCCAUUGUCAAACCUGGAGUGCCCAUGGAAAUUGUCUUGAACAAGGAAUCUCGGAGAAAAACCCCAGUAACUGUAACCCUGAAAGAAAAUGAAAGAUUCUUUGGCGACAGCGCAGCAAGCAUGGCCAUUAAAAACCCAAAGGCUACACUGCGUUACUUCCAGCAGCUCCUGGGGAAGCAGGCAGAUAACCCCCAUGUGGCCCUUUACCGGACCCGUUUCCCAGAGCACGAGCUGGGCGUCGACCCACAGAGGCAGACUGUGCACUUUCAGAUCAGCCCGCAGCUGCAGUUCUCACCUGAGGAGGUGCUGGGCAUGGUUCUCAAUUACUCCCGGUCCCUGGCUGAAGAUUUUGCAGAGCAGCCCAUCAAGGAUGCAGUGAUCACUGUGCCAGCCUUCUUCAACCAGGCCGAGCGCCGAGCCGUGCUGCAGGCCGCUCGCAUGGCUGGCCUCAAAGUGCUGCAGCUCAUCAACGACAACACUGCCACCGCCCUCAGCUACGGUGUCUUCCGCCGGAAAGAUAUCAACACCACUGCCCAGAAUAUCAUGUUCUACGACAUGGGCUCAGGCAGCACCGUGUGCACCAUCGUGGCCUACCAGACAGUGAAAACUAAGGAGGCGGGGAUGCAGCCACAGCUGCAGAUCCGGGGAGUGGGAUUUGACCGCACCCUGGGAGGCCUGGAGAUGGAGCUCAGGCUGCGUGAGCAUCUGGCUGGGCUUUUCAAUGAGCAGCGAAAGGGCCGGAGCUCGAAGGACGUGCGGGAGAACCCCCGUGCCAUGGCCAAACUGCUGCGUGAGGCCAAUCGGCUCAAAACCAUCCUGAGCGCCAAUGUUGACCACAUGGCUCAGAUUGAGGGCUUGUUGGACGAUGUGGACUUCAAAGCAAAAGUGACUCGAGUGGAAUUUGAGGAGUUGUGUGCGGACUUGUUUGAGCGGGUGCCUAGGCCAGUGCUGCAGGCACUCCAGAGUGCCGAGAUGAGUUUGGAUGAGAUUGAGCAGGUGAUCCUGGUGGGUGGGGCCACUCGGGUACCCAAAGUGCAGGAGGUGCUGCUAAAAGCUGUGGGCAAGGAGGAGCUAGGGAAGAAUAUCAACGCAGAUGAAGCAGCCGCAAUGGGAGCUGUGUACCAGGCAGCUGCACUCAGCAAAGCCUUCAAGGUGAAGCCGUUCGUAGUCCGGGAUGCAGUGGUCUACCCCAUCCUGGUGGAGUUCACAAGAGAGAUGGAGGAGGAGCCUGGGGUUCGCAGCCUGAAGCACAACAAGCGCGUGCUCUUCUCUCGAAUGGGGCCCUACCCUCAACGCAAAGUCAUCACCUUUAACCGCUACAGUCAUGAUUUCAACUUCCACAUCAACUACGGGGACCUGGGCUUCCUGGGGCCUGAGGAUCUUCGGGUAUUUGGCUCUCAGAAUCUGACCACAGUGAAGCUAAAAGGUGUGGGUGAGAGCUUCAAGAAGUAUCCCGAUUACGAGUCCAAGGGCAUCAAGGCCCACUUCAACCUGGACGAGAGUGGUGUGCUGAGCCUAGACAGGGUGGAGUCUGUAUUUGAGACUCUGGUGGAGGACAGCCCAGAGGAGGAAUCCACUCUUACCAAGCUCGGCAAUACCAUAUCCAGCCUGUUUGGAGGGGGAACCACAUCAGAUGCCAAAGAAAAUGGUACAGAUACCGUUCAGGAGGAAGAGGAAGGCCCUGCUGAGGGGAGCAAGGAUGAGCCUGGGGAGCAGGCAGAGCUCAAGGAAGAAGCUGAGACCCCAUCGCAGGAUACCUCUCAGCCCCCACCCCCUGAGCCUAAGGAGGACGCAGCUCCUGAUGGAGAAAAGGCUGCAGGAAAAGAAAAUGGGGAGAAGUCUGAGGCCCAGAAGCCAAGCGAGAAGGGGGAGGCAGGACCUGAAGGUGCCCCUCCAGCCGCUGAGGAAGAAAAGAAGCAGAAACCUGCCCGGAAGCAGAGAACUGUGGAGGAGAUUGGGGUGGAGCUGUCUGUUCUGGAUCUACCCGACUUGCCAGAGGAGGAGCUGGCUCGUUCGAUGCAGAAACUCCAGGACUUGACAGUCCGAGACCUAGAGAAGCAGGAACGGGAGAAAGCUGCCAACAGCUUGGAAGCUUUCAUCUUUGAGACCCAGGACAAGCUCUACCAGCCCGAGUACCAGGAGGUGUCCACUGAGGAGCAGCGUGAGGAGAUCUCUGGGAAACUCAGCGCCGCUUCCACCUGGCUGGAGGAUGAGGGCUUUGGGGCCACCACAGCGAUGUUGAAGGAGAAGCUGGCUGAGCUGAGGAAGCUGUGCCACGGGCUGUUUUUCCGGGUGGAAGAGCGCAAGAAGUGGCCUGAACGGCUCUCUGCCCUCGAUAACCUCCUGAACCAUUCCAGCAUGUUCCUCAAGGGGGCCCGGCUCAUCCCAGAGAUGGACCAGAUCUUCACUGAGGUGGAGAUGGCAACGUUAGAGAAAGUCAUCAAUGAGACCUGGGCCUGGAAGAACACAACCAUGGCCGAGCAAGCCAAGCUCCUCGCCACAGAGAAGCCUGUGUUGCUCUCAAAAGACAUUGAGGCCAAGAUGAUGGCCCUGGACCGGGAGGUGCAGUAUCUGCUCAAUAAGGCCAAGUUUGCCAAGCCCCGGCCCCGGCCCAAGGACAAGAAUGGGACCCGGGCAGAGCCCCCCCUCAAUGCCAGUGCCGGUGAUCAGGGGGACAAGGCCAUCCCUCCGCCAGGUGAGCCUGAGGAUGCAAAGCCCAUUUCAGAACCUGAGGCAGUACAGACUGCAGGAUCUGAACCGACAGAUGCUGAGCCCCUGGAGUUAGGUGGUCCUGGAUCAGAAUCUGAGCAGAAAGAGCAGCCUGCAGAACAGAAGCGGCCUUCGAAGAACUCGAAGAACGAUGAACUAUAACCCCACCUCUCCCGCUCCCCCGUCUUCCCCACCCCCUUCUCCCACCGCCUCUAUUUAUUACAUGCCGAGGGUGGGGGAGGGGUUGGUCUUGCCCCCAGGGGCUCAGUUCCUUCCCUGGCACCUACAGCUGCAGGCUGGAGAAGGGAAAGGAAAGGGCAGCCCACCGUUCUUUCUGGAGUACUUCUGUGGUUGAAACUGCAACUCUCUCAUCCCUGCUCCCACCCCCGGCUCCCUCCCAUCCAGGCCCUAACUUUGGGGAAAAUCACUAUUAUGUCUUUAUUCUCUGCUAGUGGGUAGGUGAGAGAAUGGCAGGCAGUGUUUGAUUGAGACCUCAGAGUGGGAGGGAUGUCGUGGGAUGGUGGAGAGUCUCCCGUCUUCUCUGGCCAUUCUUCCCUCCCUCCUCCUCUUCCACUGCUAAAUCAGUGUCCCAUACCUGCUUGGCAAGGGGCCUGUGAGGAGCCAGUGUCUACAGAAUUCUGGUUACCAGGUUUGGUUUCUGAGUACGUAUCUCUGCCCUCUUCUCCCUCCAAGGUCUUCUCCUUCCUUGGAAAAGCCCCUGCCCCCCAUCUGGCUCCUCUCCUCAUGAGUUUCCUUGGCUUUUGUGCAAGUUGGGCAGCUGUUUGCCCCUUGCCAGAUAUCAUCCGACUGGCUGGAGUAAAUCUAGAUCCAUUCCAGCCCACACGCUAGACCCCCUAGUGGCCAGAGUAGGCAGGGACAAAGUGAAGAAGAGAAUCCAGCCACCUAGCCAGGAAGUGAGAGGUAGGAAAGCCCUGUAGCUGCCACCUGUGGACUGUGGGGCCCAGGACAGCGGUGUGGAUGACUGGCAUGGGGCACCAGCAUCCUGCAGGCACCCUCAAAACUGGCAUCUUCCCAGUAGCCUGGUAUCCUGGGUCUCUAUGAACCAACUGUCGCCUUUGCUCUCUUGCUAUUCUGUUCCUCCCAGACAGAGCCUUUCCCUCACCACCCUGGGCUGACCAAAAUGUGCUUUCUACUGUGAGCCCCUAUCCCAAGACCCUGGGGAAAGGAGAGACCUCGGUGUGAAUGUAGAAAUGCCACCUGGGUCUCUCUCUGAGGCAGACCUUGCGGUGAAGUAAGAGGGUGAGGGCAGGCCUUGUGGCGUGCGUUGCUCUGCUAGAAGGGUGGGCCCCGUACCCACCAGGACUUACGCCCAAGGAGCCUGUCCUCCAGUAUUCCGUCUGCCAGGAGCCAGGGCUGCCACCCCAGUUACCAGGGCAAGGGGGUCCUGGUAGUGUCUGUCUUAUUCUGCCCCCCCCUUUUUUUUUUGCCACAUUGGCGAAAUGGGACCUAAGGGUCCUACCCCCACCCCUUCUUCUGUGUGUUUGAGUUCUUUCACUAGCAGUUGAGGCUGGUUGGACAGGUUUGAGUCAAAUUGUACUUUGCUCCAUUGUUAAUUGAGAAACUGUUUCAAUAAAAUAUUCUUUUCUACA